GAGUAAAACUCGUGCUGAGCUGGUUCGCGUUUCUUCUGCCGUGAUGGGCAUCGAAUUUUCCUACGCUGCCGAGACGGCUUUUGUGUCGCCAACUUUACUAAAAAUCGGCGUAGCGCAUCAAAAAAUGACUCUAGUUUGGGGAUUGUCGCCGCUAGUUGGUUUCUUCUUGACUCCCAUUUUGGGUUCACUGAGCGAUCGAUGUCGCUCGAACUUUGGAAGACGUCGUCCCUUUAUUUUGCUUUUGUCCGUGGGAGUUUUUCUUGGAUUGCUUCUUGUUCCAAACGGAGUUGAAAUUGGUUAUUGGUUUGGAGAUCCUCGUCCUGUGACGUCAGAAUUUGAUUAUUCCGCGAUAAAUGGAGGGAAUUCAACAACGAUGGAUCCAAUUCCAGCAGCCCCGAAGAACGAACAUCCUUGGGGAAUUUUCUUCACGAUUCUCGGAACAGUUUUGCUCGAUUUUGACGCCGAUGCUUGUCAAAGUCCUUCGAGGGCGUAUUUGCUUGACGUUACACUGCCAGAAAAUCAUGCGAGAGGCUUGACGACUUUUACAAUCAUGGCUGGGCUCGGAGGCUUUAUGGGAUAUUCGCUCGGCGGGAUCAACUGGGAUGACACGUUCAUUGGAGUUUGGUUUGGAGGUCAUGUUCGUGCAGUUUUUUCCUUGAUUACGAUAAUUUUCGUAAUUUGUAUUUACUUGACGAUCACGAGUUUCGCUGAAAUUCCGUUGUGGAUGAUUGAAGGCAGCAUGAAUAAACUUACCGAAGACGAAAUUUACGGCGAAGAAGAAGCUCCAGUUAAGACAGACAUCCAUAGAUCAGCGUCAGAUGCCAAUCUGGAACUAAAUCGAGAGACAACAGCUUCCUACGGAGCAACGGGAAACAGUCUCGGAGUGCCCGAAAAUCCUUUUCAGUCACAACGGCGUAACACAAUGCCAUCAAACCCAUUCAAAAGUGACGAAUAUGCAGCUUUGCCGGGAGCGAAUGUCAAUGAAACGUCUUUUACGGAGAAUGCAAGUCAUUUAGGUCAAAAGGAGCCAUCGGUAGAAGCAAGUUCAGCUACUUUGAAGCAUUAUUUGUUGUCAAUAGUGUUCAUGCCAUUUUCAUUAAGAAUCGUUUGUUUGACGAACUUGUUUUGCUGGAUGGCUCACGUUAGUUAUUCGCUGUAUUUUACGGAUUUUGUGGGAGAAGCUGUGUUCGGAGGGGAUCCUAAGGCCCCUCCCGGAAGUGUUUCUUACGAGCUCUACCAAGAAGGCGUUCGUUUCGGUUGCUGGGGCAUGGCAAUGUAUUCCCUUUCAUGUUCCUGCUACAGUCUCAUCAUCGAAAAACUCAUCAAACGCUUCAAAGCGAAGCCCGUUUACAUCGGCGGCUUAGUUUUCUACAGCACAGGCAUGACAUUAAUGGCACUGACUAAACAUCCCGUUGGCGUAAUUUUGUUUAGUUGGACUGCUGGCGUCAUGUAUUCCACACUUUUCACGAUGCCGUAUUUGCUUGUUGCUGCUUAUCACGAUAAAGGAGUCUUUUCUGUGACAAAUGAAGGCGUCGCGGAAAGUACUCAAGUUCGAGGCUUGGGAACGGAUGUCGCCAUUGUCAGUAGCAUGGUAUUUUUAGCCCAAUUCAUACUUUCGAUGGGCAUGGGAACUGUCGUCUCUGUCACAGGCACCACGACAGCCGUUGUAAGUGUCGCGAGUUUUCUCGCAUUUUGUGGAGCGAUAUCUGCUUCACAAAUCAUGUACUUGGAUCUCUAAUUUUCUUCAAAAAAAAAGAAGAAAAAAAUUUAAAAAAAUCAUUUAAAGCCAAAAAAAAAUCAAUAUUGAACGAAUAAAUG